AUGGAGGACACGCAGCUAACUCUGCCGCCUAUUGGGGCCGCUCUCCCAGCAGCCCUGGCCUUUCGAAAGAAUCUUGUUUGCUAUACAGAAGACGCGAGCACUGUUGUGGAGUACCUUCAAAACCUGAAACUACAAUACCUAUUGUGGGAUGAUUACGACUGCAUAGAUGUGAAAAAUAAGCCAGAUGUAGGUACUGUCCUAAUUUUACCCAACAUCGACAAGAUCCUCAUUCUGCAACAAGACAAACUGGCCAAGUAUUUGCAGACUAUGGCGUCUCAGAAAACCGCAUUUUUUACUGCUAUUGCCACAGUCUCUCUGGAUUUUUCACCGUACGCAAACAUGACGGCGUACUUGAAAAGACAAUUUUGGUUUGCGUGCGGAGAACCGCGCAUCCAGGACUUGGUAGAGCUGUCCCUGCAGGAAUUGGCUCCUCUAAGAGAAGCACUGGCCCAAAUACACGUCCAGCCAUCUAUACGCCGGUAUAUACUCGACGUCGUCGUCCACCUGCGUGUGCACCGGUUCGCGAAACAGGCUACGGGUGGUGGGUGCUCCUCACGUGCCCUGGGGGACAUGCUAGAUCUGUGCCAAACGCUGGCGUUGGCACAAGAACGACAGUUCGUGGUUCCGGACCUGGUGAGGCUUGCAGCACAGUGGUAUUUCCCCUUUCACAUCGAACUGAUUCAGGACCCGAGCCACGAGAUUUCACUUCAGUUUGGGUCCGAUCCUGACAUCGUGGCUCAAGUUCUCUACAAACUCCAAGAUUUCUCCAUCCAAAGGGCCGAAAAAACUAAAUAUCCGCUGUAUUUCCAAUACAUGGUGUUGAGGGAUGUACUACACAGGGUUGUCCCCCCUAUAUGA